UUCCGUUCAAUAUAGUAACAUUUUGUAAUCCGUAGCUGGAGCUAUCUUUUUCUCUCUUUUUCAACCACCAGGAUUUUGCACAUAGACAACAUUAUUACGAAAAGAAAAGAAAAGGUGGUUUCGUUUAAAGAUUACCGAAGUUACCGUCCAAUCAGAAUAAUAUUUAUAACGAACAUCUUAUAUUCGUGCACAAUGAAAUCAUUGGUGACUGCGUGAUUGUGAUGACAAAGAUAGUGGAAGGAACAUAAUGUUUCAAAAAAGUUUCCCUAUCUUCCGGGAUAAGGGGGUUUCUUGCCAUAGCUAAAAGUCAACCGACUCAUUCGGCAGGAAGCGGAGGUGGGUAGAAAGACCUUUGGACUGCGGACAACAGGCGGAUUUUACGAUCUUCUGUUGGGGCCUCUAGAGUAGCUGUGGCUUUCUCCUGGAGGGAGGGACAGUGAAAAAGACGAAGAUGCUGCAGACGGUGGAGCUGAUCAGCCUGUCCUUCCUGACGGACUCGGAACGGGAACUGAUCCUGGAGGUGCUGCGGAGGGACGAGGAGCUGAGGCAGGCAGAGGAGCAGCGCGUGCGGAGGCUGAAGGCGGAGCUCCUGGAAAUCAAGAGGAAAGGCGCCAAGCGCGGCAGCGGCAGCUACAGCAAGCAGAGCUGCGGCCGCUGCCAGGAGCCGCUGGGUCGCCUGGCGACCGGCAGCAGCCAGUGCCACAGCUGCAACCACCAGGUGUGCCGAAACUGCCGCGGCGUCUGCCCCAACGGGUCCUGGGUGUGCAGCGUGUGCGCCAAAGAGGCGGAUCUAAAGAAGUGCACCGGAGACUGGUUCUAUGACCAGCGGGUCAACCGCUUCUCAGACUCCCCGGGCCAUGACAUAGUGAGAACCUCCCUGAGGAAGAGGCCAGAAUUGAGGAAGAGGGAGACCGUGGGGGAACUGCUCCUACAGAACAGGGUGAUAAGUCCCAGCCAGCCAUCUCGUAUUCCCCGCCCCAAACUGAAGGACCUGGCCAAUGAGCAGGCCCCCCCCUCUGAGGUGUCCAAAGCCCCAGACCCACAGGAGCAGCACCAGCGCAGUGACACUGAGUCAGUGGAGAAGACCAGCCUGAACAGCUUCAAGAACGGGACAGAAUCCUCUCGCGGGACCCCCGUCCUGCCACGGAGAGAGGGGGUGGUGGAGGGACGUUCGACGGCCAGGUCGAGCCCUGUGGGGUCCUGUGUGUCCAGCCUGCCUGUCCCCAUCCGAGCAGAUGAGGCCCACAGCUCCUCAGAUGCUGAGGCAGCUUUAAGGCACCAGGGAGUUUCCAUAUCCGGGAUCACCCCUGAGGACGAGGCACUGUUCAAGAGAAACCCCAGGAGAUCGCUGAAAACCUCUGAGCACUGUCGACCCACCUCCGUGCUGGACCUGCGUGGGGGCGGUGGUGAUGUCACAGGGACCUACAUGGGGGACAGGAGCAAAUCAGUGCCAGGACUCAAUGUGGAGGAGGACGAGGAAGAGGAGGACAUAGACAGCCUGGUGGAGAUCCACAAAAGGAGCACAGGCGGCAGCACCUUAAGCCUUCGCAGUUCUAAGAGAACGCUGGGCAGCUUGCUGAGCGUGUACAGCGAGGCCGGUGAUUACGUCAGCGUGGAGGUCAGCGGGGAAAUCGUGUUCUCCCUGAGCUACGACGAGCGCACCCAGACCUUCUCCGUCCUGGUCAAAGAGUGCCGAGGCCUGGCCUGCGGGGACACACUCAGACAGCGCUCAAACCCGUAUGUCAAGUGCUAUUUGCUCCCAGACAAGUCUCGCCAGAGUAAGAGGAAGACCACCACUAAACGCAACACAGUGAACCCCAUCUACAACGAGACUCUGAAGUACUCCAUCUCCCAGUCCCAGCUGCUCACACGAGCCCUGCAGCUCUCCGUCUGGCACCACGACCGUUUAGGCCGCAACGCUUUCCUGGGGGAAGUGGACCUCCCGUUGGACUGCAGAAACCUAGACUCCGCCCAUGUGGAGUGCGUGACCCUCAAAGGAAAGGCGGUGCCUGCCACGCUGUCCUCCGCCUUUGCCCAGUACAAAGGAGAGCUGGUGAUUUCCCUGAAGUACAUCUCCAUGCGCGAGUCGCAAACAGACAAGAAAAAAGGCUGGAAGAAGAAAAAGAAGGAGGAGGGCGGGGAACUGCACGUCCUGAUCAAAGAAGCCAAGAACCUGACUGCAAUGAAGGCUGGCGGCACGUCGGAUUCCUUUGUGAAAGGGUAUCUGCUGCCGUGCAAGACCAAGGCCACUAAGAGGAAGACUCCGGUGGUGAAGAAGACCGUGAACCCGCAGUACGACCACACGUUUGUGUACAGUGAUCUGAGGCUGGAGGAGCUGCAGAGCAUGUGCCUGGAGCUGACCGUGUGGGACCGGGAGGCCAUGUCCAGCAACGACUUCCUGGGAGGAGUCCGUCUGAGCUCCGCAGCGAGUAUGGCGCAGGAGGAAGGAACAGGUUGGGACUCCACUGGGGAGGAGGUGUGUCUUUGGCAGACGAUGAUGCAGUACCCCGACUCGUGGGCAGAGGGCACUCUCCCACUGCGCUCCUCCAUGGCUAAGAACAAGUGAGGACGAGGCCAGGAUAUCCCAGCAAGGAGGGCAGCAGUCUACAGGCUCACCAGUCUUCAUUUCAGUUAUACUGGAUUUUAAAUUUCAGCCGUUCUCUACUUUACAAAGCUGUCGUUAUUUUAUUGUGGCUGUGACUGAAUCCGUAUAUGGAACCAAAGUAGCUCGAAUUUUAUGAAUUUUUAUGUAUUAUAUGCUAUGUUUUAAGAGUGCUUGCAAAAAACCUACAUUAGUGAUUGUGUGGUUUUGAUAAGAGUCAUAACAGAAAGGUUUUAUUUUAGAAUAAUAUAUCUCCAUGUGCAUACUGACUAUAUGAUCCCAUCAAGGGCUUCAUUUAAAAUGCUACGCAAAAAUAAAUAUCAGUAACCAAAGAGUUUGUCUUAGGUUUUGAUAAAGAUUCACAUAUAUUGUGAACAGAUAUAGCCAUAUGAGACAUUUUACUUUUUAGAUGUAACUGACAAAUGACACAACAGUGUUGACAUGCAAAUUUGGUUAUAAAUUGAAAAGCAUAAGGAAUACAUUUGUGAAAUUAUCCACAUCACCACCAUUUUCACAAUAUUUUUUGUAUUCAGACAAUAUAAAAAAUGUAGUAUAGUUCCAUUUUAGAAGUAAUCUUGUGUCCAAAAUAUUAUUUAUUUGAUAAAUAAUAAAAUUAAUUUGUGAUUUUUGUAAAUGUAUAUUGCUCUGAUUGAAAAAGAGCCAUAUAUCAUUAACUUCAAAUACACAGCCCUCAUUUUCAAUAUUGUUGCAUUUAUAUUCUGUAUGACUGUAUGCUUCCAAAACUUAAAACCAAAUAUUGUUUGUCAUUUUUGUAGUUUUUUAAAUUAGGACUGCUCUAUGACAUUAUUUUAAUGAAUUAAUAAAUAUAGUAAAUGUUUUUCAUUUUUAAA